UGAAUGACCUGGCACUUGGGCUGGUCUCACUUCGGAGUUCCGGACCGCACUCAAGUGCCCAAUUAGCAAUCACCCCCUUUUCACUUACAUACGGUCACCAUAACGAACGUGCUCGUCGAUUGUCUGGCAACAGCAGUCAUCUACGCAAAAGAUGUACGCAGACAUCGAAAGCCUCGUGCUAUCUGGAGAGCUCUUCAACGGAACCUCGCGUUCCUCAUCACCCAUUCGAACACCAUCGCCGUCUUCAGACAAAGGAUGGCACGAUGAUGAGAUAGAUACAAGCAAUGCCUUGGUACCUCCGGAGCCUCAGCAGGAUUCAAUCGGGAUGGGUCCUGGGCGUACUGGUGUCAAGGGUGUCAUCCGCGACCGCAACGAGGCCGAAACCCUUGAACGACAACGACAGGCCAAUGAGAUGGCGGAGCUGAGGACCCGCAUGGAGAAGAGCAGUCUUGGAGGGAAAACCUACUUGGAAGAGGAAAGAGAAAAGGCGGACAGGGGUGAUGAGAAAGUGGAUCCAUUGGUGAAGAACGAACGCGAGCGAAGAGAUUUCUUUGGGAUGGUAAGGCAAGGAAAGUUCGGACAUCUGAGGGAAGUUGGCGUACGCAGUUUUGUCCAGGCCGUUGAAAAGGAGGAUCAAGGAGCCUGGGUCAUCGUGCACAUCUACGAACCGUCGUUGGACAGAUGCUAUACUCUUGAUGAGACUCUUUCCCGCCUGGCUCGGUCACAUCCGGACACGAAAUUUUUGCGUUGUCGGGCAUCGGCCCUCGGUUUCGCUUCAACUGGUUCAUCAAUGACCAAGUCAACGACGCACCGACCGCCUCGUCCUAUUCACGAUGACGACGACGACCCCUACAGCGACAAGGACGAUGACCACGACGAAGACGAAGACGAAGACGAAUAUGAAUCAGAUGAGCAGGGUUAUGCUGAAGAAGACGUCGACCUUGACAUGCUUCCUACCAUGCUGGUUUACCGAGGUGGCCAGCUCAUCCACAACUGGGUACGAGUGGACUGGGAGGCGGGAGCCACAGGUAUUGAUGAACUACUCGAGAAGAAUGGCAUAUUGCGCCCAGCUGAAUCCUUUCUUGGGAGAGAUAAUUUUGGUCUUCCGAGUGAUGACGAAGACGAUGACCUCCUCUGGGACGAGGAGAGAUGAUAGUCCUG